AUGGAGAGAGUUCAGCAACUGGCGGCGCAACAUGCAGUAGUCAUAUUCAGCGUUAGUACUUGUUGCAUGUGUCAUGUGAUGAAGAACUUCUUCCGCAACCUCGGGGUCAACGCGAUCGCAUACGAGCUGGACCAGGAGCAGGGAGGGAAGGAGAUGGAGAGAGCACUGGCCAUGCACCUAGGCCGCAACCCGGUCCCGGCUGUGUUCAUCGGAGGCCGGCUUGUGGGUCGCACCGAGGUAGUUAUGGCCCACCACCUCAACGGGACCCUGGGGCACAUGCUCCGGGAAGCAGGGGCGCUCUGGUUACUCUAG